GCGCCGAUCCUACGUUCCGAUGUAGACUAUAAUACACAGAACUUGCUGUUUUUUAUGACUUCAAGUUUGUCUGCAGUAACAGUCCACGUGAAGGCGCGGAGGUCUUGCAACUAGGUACCGGAGUCACCUUCCUAGGCUUAUUUGGCUCGAGAGCGACCAUGGACGUGCACAUCUUAAUCAUGUUGUUUCCGUUGUUCAAUCAUGCAAUGUGUCAGCUUACAGCUGUUCCUGUGACUAAUAAACCAGCGUGGCUAAGUACCACUCUUUCCGCCGAGUACGCUGCUGGGAAAGCUGUUGACAAUGAUCUACGGACCAUCGCUCAUAAUGGGGCUGAUGACGCCCACCCUGUAUUAGGAAUAGACCUGGAAGAGAAGCAUUGCUUGGGAAGAAUCACCGUCACCCUGCGAGAUUCAGGAUGCGGUUCUGAGCCGUGUUUCAUGGGCACUGUAGUUCGGGCCGGGCUUAGCUCACACUACGCUGACAAUCAGCCAUGCGGCUUGCCAGCUACAACCGAGCAGUCCAGUGCAGGUGCAGUGAACCAGUUCCUCUGCGAAACACCCCGCCUAAGUAGAUACGUCACUCUUGACAUUGACCGCUCCCAAUUCGGACUCACCGAUCCUACUUUGAAGAUAGCAGAGAUACAAGUAGAAGAGUACUCAGCGGAGGUAUGCGCUGCAGACAACGGUAUCAACUGUCUAUCUGGAACAAAGCCGGCACUCUUUAUACAACACGAGCAAGGUUUGAUUGGAAAUCCCGACCCAUUGUCGAUCAAGAGGGCGCCAUCUCUCACUUAUUGCGCCCUCUAUUGCCUGAAACGUGAAGGUUGUUUCUUUUUGGCGUUUUCGCCUGUCCUUGGCCUGUGCAGCCUUCAUAAUCAGACGUCGGAGAGUAUUCUCGUAACUAUUCGUCCAGACUUUAUCGUGUACGCGCGAAAUAAUGGCUAAAUUCAUAACCCAACACGAUAAAUGACCGCUAAAUAUCACCUUUUCUUUUACUUACAUGUAGUAAUUAGUGACAUUAUAGUGCAGUGAAUCGAUAUGGCGUGCAUGGUUCAGCUAGGCCCGGAGAGGGUACCAUAUAAAUGAUUCAGCGCCAUACUGUGUUAAAAUGUGGAUUAAUGUCCGUUAAUCCUGCGAUGGCUUGAUGUUGCUCUAAUCCGAAAUUGCAUCUACGUUCCUAUUCAAGCAUUUGAAAACAUUCCAGUUGAAUUACAACGCAAAAGUCUAGCAGUUUUCAAUUGCUCACAGUAUUUUCCCUUAAAUAUUACAAAUGGCUGUAUUGGCAUUUGUGAGUCAUCCAAAAUCUUCGGUUAGAUCAAAGGUUUCAAAUGAAAAAAUUAAAAACUACACCCGCGCGUACUUCGUCUAAUUCUACCCUCGGCCAGUUAUUCACAGAGCAGCAACACAGAGCCAUGAAAUUGUGCUUCAACUGCUCAGAAUACACUGAUCCAUCGGUUUCUGAUGACUGCUGCAGUGGCUAUAUUCUUUAUUAAAGUUUGUAUUCGGAGAUAGGCCCAUAUUGCUUCCUUCUUUCGUUUCCAGCGUUGGAAAUUUUCUUAUUUUGGUCAUGAUCACCCACAACCACUGAAGCAAAUUUUGCCCAAGUAUUUAAUGUAGCCUGUGGUGAAUACAGCUUGCAAUUUGAAAAGGUUGUCCCUUCAUUGUCCAUUUACCAACAACAAAGGCCGUCUCUCGGCUGUCCUAUACGCGUACUAGACAAAAUGUCAUAAAUAUCGAUCCCUGACUUCAGCUUACCCUGAAUGAACAUCUCACCAAGGAAACGCCAUCAUCAUUAAUUGAGUACGUGUAUCGAAUCUGCAUGAGUUGAUAUAAUUGUCAGAGGUUACCAUUCAUUUACCCUUACCACAAGGUGUGUGUUAAAUAAUAAAUUGGAAUAUUAAUGUAGUGUAAAUGGCAUCAUAGUGUAUACACGUACAUGUAGCAUGUACGCACUAGAUUACUGAAGGUGUUGGUAGGACUAGUCGUAGAAGCUUACAUGCCUCGUCUAAUCGCACUUGCAAUCAUCAUCACCAGGUUUCAUGCUACACGCCGAUCAGUCACCAUUACUAAAAAUACUCUUAUUAGGUUAUUAAGUACUCUUAUUAGCUUUUUCUUCAGAACACUUAUUUUUACGUCAACUGUCACCAUGCUCAGGAGUAUGGCUGCUCCGGUUUUCCCGGUCAAAGGCACUUCUUUAAUUUAAAAUUGCUUAAACGAAAGUUUAAUUUGUUUAUGACAAUGUGGAUGACACUAAAUGAAUCUGUAUUUAUACUAACAUAAGUAUUCAAGAGCAAAUUGCAGUGCAUCAUUAGCCGAUUCCACCUCGCGUCUGGGAAGUAGAAAUAAUACGCAACCAGGUGACGUCAUGAUCCACCUCACUGCCGUAGGGUAGGUUUUUCUGGUAGCAUCAUAAAAUCCCUAAAAUGUGUGGUGUGUGCCAAUCUUUAGGGAACAUGGCCAAAAACGUAUGUCAGCACCUAACUAUUUAAGCCAUGUUUCUGUGCACAUCUGCACUCCACUGUCGUAACAUGGAAAUUUAGAAGCUGAGAAAAAAAAUAGUGUCUGUGAGUACAAGUAA